UGUUGACAUGAUGAUUUUACCCGGGCGCUACCAUGAAUAACUGCUAGCAUCUUCACAAUCACAUCUUCAUAAUAACACAAAUUGAUGCCCUGAAAAACAUCUAAAAUUCGUGUCUGAGACUUUAUUCAUUUUCUCACACAAAAGGACAGACAUUUAUAAACAUGUCUCAAGAAGGAUAUACAUCACCAGCAAGGAUAACCAGCGCAGACACGAGCUUGAAUUCAGAUGAAUCGCAGAGGACCAACCCCAAGAAAACACCUAUUCAGAUCCUGCAUGAAUAUGGCACCAAGAGUGGCAACCUCCCUGUGUACGUGAUGGAGAAGGCUGAAGGGGAGGCUCACCAGCCCAGCUUCGUCUUCAGCGUGAAGAUUGGAGAUGUGUUCUGCACAGGUCAAGGUCCCAGUAAAAAGGCUGCUAAACACCAGGCGGCAGAGGCGGCUCUCAAUAUUCUGCAGAUAGACGCUGGAGCAGUGUUACCUGUGAAGUCUGAGAGUAACGGUGUCGUAUCAGAAACCAACAACCACCCCAACUCAGUGGGGAUACUGCAGGAGUUGGCGCUGCAGAGAGGAUGGCGUCUUCCUGAUUACACCGUGUUAAUGGAGGCUGGCCCGCCACACAAGAGAGAGUUCACUGUUACGUGUCGAAUGGAGUCCCUGUCAGAGAAAGCUGUAGGGAAUUCAAAGAAGGUGGCGAAAAAGACAGCUGCAGAGAAAAUGGUGUCAAAGCUUCAAGGUCUGUCGGGCUGUUCUGAAAUCACAUGGACUCCUAAACCAAGUGUCCGAUUUGAGAACUUACGGAACUCGUCGGCGGAGAACAUAACUUCACUGAGGAGAAACCCGCUGAGCAUUCCCAACACAGAUUAUAUUCAGCUGAUGCUGGAGCUGUCCAAGGAGCAGGGCUUUGAGGUCACAUACUUUGACAUUGAUGAGCUGACGGUGAACGGGCAGUACCAGUGUCUAGCGGAGAUCUCCACCUCCCCGGUCACCGUGUGCCACGGCACCGGCAUCUCCUGUAGCAACGCUCACAACGACGCCGCACACAGCGCCCUGCAGUACAUCAAGAUCAUGGCCACCAGCAAGUAACACUGCCACGUCUGCUCCUGCUUCACCUGUCACACAUCAGCUGAUCAUCCAUCAUCCUUCACACUAGUCUUCCUGCCGUGGAUGAAGUCAAGCUAUAUUUUUAUAAUUAUGUGUAUCACAAAGCAGAUCGGGAGCCGAAUAACUGGACGUUCAGACUUGAAUCAGGUAGAGCAGUAUUUGUGAGGAGACAAAUGGGAUCAACAUUAAGAAACAAACACAAAUCAAAUGUUGUCUUCAGGUUGAAGAGUUUUACUUGAGAUGUCUAACGUACUGCAUUUAGGAUAAUGUACAUGUGUUAUUUAAGUAGGAAUAAUAUAAAGCACUUGUUCUUUAACUUUUUGUUUAGUUGUAAGUGGCAGUUCACCCCAAAAUCAAAGAUGCACUUUUUACCUUGUACCUUGUUGUGCUAUUUAUCAAUCUAGAACGUCUUGUUGUGAGUUAAAGAUUGUUAUAAUAAAUAUAUUUGGAAGACUCCACAGCACCGAUUUCUCCAGACUCUGUUGUGAGUAGUUGUAUUUUGUACUAGCUGCUCCUGCUAACAUCACAGUACGCUUCCUUCUGCAGAUGGUGCUUCAGUUAAGAGGAAAACUAUGUGUUUUUGAUUUUGGGGUAAACUAUCCUGUUUUCAAGCUGUAAUUAUCAAGCUGUGUUGUUUUUGCCUCUUUGUUUGUGAGGAUGCAGAUAUAUUUAGGUUGCAUUUGUCUUAAAUUAUUUUUUUUAUUACAGUUUUUCCCUGUAGCAAUAUAUUGAUCUGUAUUGAGCCAAUAGAAGAUCUCAAACAUUCAUAUUGCUUCAGAGAUAUUUACCUUUCUGUUAAACUCAAACAUGAAGACGAAUUGAGAUUAUUUUGACUUGUGUUAUAUAUAUAUAUUUAAAAAAAAGGGUAUUCAUUUUGGUUUACAAAUGUUUGUUAUUUCCUACUUACACACCGCUGUCAGUAUGCAAUCUACAGUGCAAGCCUCGCUGUCUGUAUCUGGUUAACUCUUAAAUGGAUAUAACACAUUACUUCAUAUUACCAUCCUGUUGCCAUUUUUUGCAGUGUGCCUCAAACUAUUUGUGAUAUAUUAAAUGCAUUUACUGACUGUUGUAUGGAAGUAUCCCUGGUGCGGAGCAGCAACAACAUGAAAACAGAAAAUAAACCCAAACACUAAAUGUUAA